AUGGUGUGCUCCCUGAGCCUCGACUCAUCCUUAGUUCCUGAUGAGCUCGUCAUCGGGUGGAAAAGAAAUGUGGAUGAAACAGGGAGGUAUGAAAUCAGAGAGAAGCAGAACCUUGCGAGAAGGUUGAAGCUGCUUUUCAAUGAGUCAUCUACAGCCAGGGACAAGGAUGAACAGGCUCUACCGCCUAAGCCACGUCUGCAGCGAGGAGGAAGUUCUGCCUCCCUCCACAACAGUCUCAUGAGAAACAGCAUCUUCCAGCUCAUGAUCCACACCCUUGACCCACUUGCUGAAGGGAGGUUCAGAGAAAAGGCUUCAAUUCUCCACAAGAUCGCCAAGAAGAAAUGCCAGGUGGAUGAGAACGAGAGGCAGAAUGGGGCUGCCAAUCACGUGGAAAAAAUCGAGCUCCCAAACAGCACCAGCACAGAAGUUGAAAUGACGCCUCCCAGUGAUGCUUCGGAACCCGUACAAAACGGAAAUCUCUCCCACAGCAUUGAAGCUGCAGAAGCCCAGACCACAGAGACGGGUGAAGAUGAGGAGGACCAGCCGCUCAGCCUGACCUGGCCUUCCGACACCCGCAAACAAAUCACGUUCCUAAUUGUUUUACCCAUAGUGUUUCCUCUCUGGGUUACCUUACCUGAUGUCCGCAAACCUUCAUCGAGGAAGUUCUUUCCCAUCACGUUCUUCGGCUCCAUCACCUGGAUUGCAGUAUUCUCUUACUUGAUGGUCUGGUGGGCACACCAGGUUGGUGAAACAAUUGGCAUUAGUGAAGAGAUUAUGGGUCUGACCAUCUUGGCUGCUGGGACCUCCAUCCCUGAUCUUAUCACCAGCGUCAUAGUGGCCCGGAAGGGGCUUGGGGACAUGGCCGUGUCCAGCUCUGUUGGAAGCAACAUUUUUGACAUCACCGUAGGGCUCCCGCUGCCCUGGCUCCUGUACACCAUCAUUCACAGAUUCCAACCAGUGGCCGUCAGCAGCAACGGCCUCUUCUGCGCCAUCGUCCUCCUCUUCAUCAUGCUGCUCUUCGUCAUCCUCUCCAUCGCCCUCUGCAAAUGGCGGAUGAACAAAGUGCUCGGCUUCAUCAUGUUCGGACUCUACUUCGUAUUCCUGGUGGUCAGCGUCCUCCUGGAAGACAGAAUUCUUGUGUGCCCUGUCUCCAUCUAGCGGGAAAAGCCAUAUCUUGCACCAACAGCAUGGAUGGUCCCUCCCCACUCUGGGUUCUAGGCUCCUCGACCUCUCGAGAAGAGGCGGCUGGCACACGGCCCUGAGCAUUUCGAGUGUCCCUCCUUGGCGGAUUUGAGGAGGAUGGAUUCACACUGGGCCCCUUCAUUUCAUAGGCUGCUUCCACCCCUGCCUAUUGAAACGGCUUCAUGCAAGAGACAGAGAGAACAUGGGGGCUUCUCUCCAUUCACCACUGACAGGUACUCCUCGCUGGUCGGAGGUACAUUCGUUGUAAUGAUGCAAACAAUGACGGAGGCUCUAUACAUACAUAUAAAAUAUACAUAUUAUAAAUAGAUGCACAUGAACACACCCUGCCUGUUCCUGUACUAUACCUCUCCUUCCAUACCUAUAGAGUAAUACAUACCUGUAUACAAACACAGAGAAAGAAAAAUUAUAUAUGUAUAAAAUCAUAUAUAUAUAUAUAAAUACAAAUGCAUCUUUUCAGGGAUAGUUCUAGUAUAUUUAUAGUACCUAUUUGAAGAGGGGCAUCAACCUUCAGUCUGAGCUUUCCCUCCAAUUGUGAGAGGUGAACUAAUAGAGUCAUUGCUGUGAACUUCAGCCUACCUUGGACUUACUGGGAUCCUGCCUGGUAAGGUGGGUGUUUUAGGGAAAUAGGUUCCAGGAAGGAGGACUUGGUGGAGAGGGUCUGUAGGAGCCCUGAGUUGAGCCCUCCAAAACAUUCCCUCAAGUCAAACAGGGACGACUAUCUGCCCACCCCCACUGGGGUGC